GUGCUGCCCGUUCUUUUCAUUCUGGCCUUUGUAUAUCUGCCGUCGCUGCGCAUCCCGCUCGCACUGUAUGUAGUAUUCUGCUAUAACGACCCGGCCAUCAGCAAUGGGGUAGGGCGCCCAGCAUUGUGGGUGCGGCGCUUGGGUAUAUGGCGGUACAUCAGUGCCUACUUCCCGGUGCGUGUGGUGCUGGAGCAGCGCCUGGAUCCGAAGCAGUCGUAUCUCCUGGGGAUUGCGCCCCAUGGUAUCCUGGCCUUUGGCGGACAGGUCGCAGUGGGGGCGCAGAGCAGCGCCCUGUACCGUGCACUGGAAGGGACCACAGUGCAUGUAGCUGCACUCCGUCCAGCAUUGACACUGCCAGUAUUCCGCGACUACCUGCUGGCACUGGGAGCGAUUGCAUCGUCGCGAGCGGCGAUCCGCGAGUGUUUGGCGCGGGGAAAGGGACACAGCGUCGGGAUCGUUGUGGGCGGUGCCAAGGAGAGUCUGUAUACAAACCCAGGCCACCGCAAAAUCGUCAUGCGCCAUCGCAAGGGAUUCGUGCGGGAGGCCAUCAUGGCUGGCGCCCCGCUCGUGCCUGUCUACGUGUUUGGCGAGAACGAUAUCUUCACACAAGUCAUGCACCCGCCAUUGCGCAGGCUCCAAAAGUGGCUGCAAACAAAAGUCAAGUUUGCACUGCCAGUGUUCUACGGCCGCCUUGGCAUGGUGCCGCGCCGCUCUCCGCUGACCGUUGCCAUAGGAACGCCAAUCGCUGUGCCCAAGAUCGAGGCACCGACUGCAGAGGAGAUAGACCAUGUUCAUGCUGACUUCAUCCUUCAAAUGGGCCGCCUGUACUCCAGGUUCCAGCCCAUAUAC